CCGCACCCUUUCCAGGAAUCCGAGUCCGAAAUUAUUUUCCCCGAGGUUUUUCCAGACACAGGUCCACCGGCUCCUGAUAAACCAAAUAGCCGAGAGACUGACGCCAGCUCCGGGGCUCCCGAUAAACCAACUAGCCGAGAGACUGACGCCAGCGCCGGGAGCAGCUCUCGGGAAGUUCGUUCCAUUUCAAACUGGGAAGAGUACGAAUCUCCAGAGCUAUAUCAUUGGGAACCGCAAGGACCGCAAACGGCCGCUUCCUCAGGGCUGAGACUCAAAAUUCCUGCUUUUGGCAGGGACCUGCACCUCAUCCUGAAGAGAGACACUCGGUUUCUGUCCCAGAAAUUCAUGGUGGAAAGGAGACAGAAAACACGAAAGGCAUCUCGGCGCAGUAUGCCAGUUUCGUCCGCUGCCAACACAGAAGAGAGAGGAUGCUAUUACAGCGGAACUGUUCUCAAUUACGCAGGAUCCAUUGCCUCAUUCAGCACCUGCGCAGGACUGGUAAAUAUAUAAUAUUCAAGUCAAUACCACGAUUGGCAUAUUAGUUAUGCUUAUCGAUAGACCUAAGUGUUGUUCGAUGUGUAUCUUUAAAAAGCAUAUGCUAAGCUCAUGCAUGAGAAUGGAACAGUCUGUAACACCUGACAUAGCCAACAUCACACUUCUGAGUUUGCGUACCGUUACACAACAACAACAACAACAGGCUACAUUUAAUGUUUGCAAUCCAAACACACCGUUCUAGACGUUAGCUCAAGUAAUUCUGGACUGAUUCUUACAUUCAGAGUUGGAGGUAUGUAUAGGACAAGGACCAUUGAACUCAAACAAAUAGUCUACCCAUUGUGACUGUUUGAUAGGGAUGUUGAAAAUGCCCUUGUGCUGUGUGUCUGAAGUGGGAAGGUACUGUAGCUACUUUGUGUCUUUGUCAGUGUGUGUGUGUGUGUGUGUAUGUGUGUGUGUGUACUGUAGUGUAGUUUAUUUGUGUAUUUAUAUGUGUGUAACUCCAAGCAUACCGCCUUAGCCUUAGGUAUAUCUUUUGAAUGUGUGGGAGGUAAACUCUCCAAGGUCCACUGCCUUUUUGGCCCACCCUGCUUUGUGCCGUCUCAGGGCAGACAACAUGAACUUCUCCGUGAGCCACAGUACAGAAUCAUUAGCAGCCCCCUGAGGUUUUAAGGGUGAGCUCCUGUGGUUAGAGAGGCUUGGACUCAGUCUCAACAGUUUGGACCACAGUCCCGGGCUCUGUCUUGUUAACUCGAAGCUUCGCCUCACACACAUUGAAACACGCAAUGAGCUUGGCAAAGGCACAGUAUUGCUUUUCCCUUCAUUUGUUUUUUUCUCCCUGUUUGUCCAUGCGAAAACAAGCUCUCAAUUAAUGAAAUAUUGCAGUUCAUGUGAAUUAACUUUUACGAUGGCGACGGACCAGUUGUGUAGUUUGGCAAUAUUGGAAUUUUUAUCGUCUAAAUAUACCAGUAUCUGUGUCUAGUCAUUUUGUAGAACCAGUAUAUGCCAUUCUACACAUUUGGCUCAUUGCUCACAACAGGCAGUACGAUGUAUCACUGAGAAAUAUUCCACAGGCAGACCUCUGAUCUAAGAUAAACAGAGUACUGUUUGAAGUGAUGGUCUAAGGUUCUGAGGCUCACGCCACAGUAGUGUCAGCGUGAGGAAUCUAGCACAUUGUCGACCUCCGCAGACUCACCAAAGGUGACAGAAUUUUGAUGCUCAUUUUAGAAUGCGACAAACGUUACAUAAAGUUGAAUUUUCAUCAACCUCUCUCUCUCUCUCUCUCUCUCUCUCUCUGCACUGACUGACAAGCACUGAUACAUUUUGUUUUUGUAGUGUCUACAACUUCUAUGCAUUCUGAUGUAUGUAUGUGUAUUGUGUGGAGAUUAGCCUUUACCUGACGUUUCAAUGGCAUGGCAAGGUUGACUUCAUUCCAUAGUUCUGCAUAUUUGGAAAAUGUGGCACUUUUAAAAUACUGAAUCAUUCCGAAAGUUGACAGGAACUGCUGAAACGUCACGAGCAAGAGGACAAUUUGACAUGUUGUAUCGUCUAUGUCUAAUAAUGUUUGAUUGACAAUAGCAGAGUUGGUCAUGGCUCAAAUUCAAAUCCAAUCCAAUCCAAUUGUAUUUGUUACAUGCGCCGAAUACAACAGGUGUAGUAGACCUUACAGUGAAAUACUUACUUACAAGCCCUUAACCAACAAUGCAGUUUGAAGAAAAAUAAGUGUUAAGUAAAAAAUAGAUAAGUAAAAAUAAAUAAAUAAGAAAAAUUGAAAAGUAACAAAUAAUGAAAGAGCAGCAGUAAAAUAACAGUAGCGAGGCUAUAUACAGGAGGUACCGGUACAGAGUCAAUGUGUAAUAAUGGUAGGGAGGCUAUAUACAGGGGGUACCGGUACAGAGUCAAUGUGCGGGGGCACCGGUUAGUCGAGGUAAUUGAGGUAAUAUGUACAUGUGGGUAGAGGUAAAGUGACUAAAUCAAAUCAAAUUUUAUUUGCCACAUGCGCCGAAUACAACCGGUGUAGACAUUACCGUGAAAUGCUUACUUACAGCCCUUAACCAACAAUGCAUUUAUUUUUUAAUAAAAAAGUAAAAUAAAACAACAACAACAAAAAAGUGUUGAGAAAAAAAGAGCAGAAGUAAAAUAAAAGAACAGUAGGGAGGCUAUAUAUACAGGGGGGUACCGGGGCAGAGUCAAUGUGCGGGGGCACCGGCUAGUUGAGGUAGUUGAGGUAAUAUGUACAUGUGGGUAGAGUUAAAGUGACUAUGCAUAAAUAAUUAACAGAGUAGCAGCAGCGUAAAAAGAUGGGGUGGGGGUGGGGGGGCAAUGCAAAUAGUCUGGGUAGCCAUGAUUAGCUGUUCAGGAAUCUUAUGGCUUGGGGGUAGAAGCUGUUAAGAAGCCUUAUGGAACUAGACUUAGCGCUCCGGUACCGUUUGCCGUGCGGUAGCAGAGAGAACAGUCUAUGACUAGGGUGGCUAAUCUCCUUUGUCUUGGUCACGUUGAGGGAGAGGUUGUUAUCCUGGCACCACACGGCCAGGUCUCUGACCUCCCUAUAGGCUGUCUUAUCGUUGUCGGUGAUCAGGCCUACCACUGUUGUGUCAUCAGCAAACUUAAUGAUGGUGUUGGAGUCGUGCCUGGCCAUGCAGUCAUGGGUGAACAGGGUGUACAGGAGGGGACUGAUCACGCACCCCUGAGGGGCCCCUGUGUUGAGGAUCAGCGUAGCAGAUGUGUUGUUACCUACCCUUAUCACCUGGGGGCGGCCCGUCAGGAAGUCCAGGAUCCAGUUGCAGAGGGAGGUGUUUAGUCCCAGGAUCCUUAGCUUAGUGAUGAGCUUUGAGGGCACUAUGGUGUUGAACGCUGAGCUGUAGUCAAUGAAUAGCAUUCUCACGUAGGUGUUCCUCUUGUCCAGGUGGGAAAGGGCAGUGUGGAGUGCAAUAGAGAUUGCAUCAUCUGUGGAUCUGUUGGGGCGGUAUGCAAAUUGGAGUGGGUCUAGGGUUUCUGGGAUAAUGGUGUUGAUGUGAGCCAUGACCAGCAUUCAAAGCACUUCAUGGUACAGACGUCAGUGCUACGGGUCGGUAGUCAUUUAGGCAGGUUAUCUAUUUUAAAAAUAUAUAUAAUUAUAUAUAUAAUUUUUUUUGUGUCCUUGGGCACGGAGACUAUUGUGGUCUGCUUGAAACAUGUUGGUAUUACAGACUCAGUCAAGGACAUGUUGAAAAUGUCAGUGAAGACACUUGCCAGUUGGUCAGCACAUGCUCGGAGUACACGUCCUGGUAAUCCGUCUGGCCCUGCGGCCUUGUGAAUGUUGACCUGCUUAAAAGUCUUACUCACAUCGGCUACGGAGAGCGUGAUCACAUAGUCAUCCGGAACAGCUGGUGCUCUCAUGCAUGCUUCAGUGUUGCGUGCCUCGAAGCGAGCAUAGAAGUGGUUUAGCUCGUCUGGUAGGCUUGUGUCACUGGGCAGCUCGCGGCUGUGCUUCCCUUUGUAGUCUGUAAUAGUUUUCAAGCCCUGCCACAUCCAACGAGCAUCAGAGCCGGUGUAGUACGAUUCAAUCUUAGUCCUGUAUUGACUCUUUGCCUGUUUGAUGGUUCGUCGGAGGGCAUAGUAGGAUUUCUUAUAAGCGUCCGGGUUAGAGUCCCGCUCCUUGAAAGCGGCAGCUCUACCCUUUAGCUCAGUGCGGAUGUUGCCUGUAAUCCAUGGCUUCUGGUUGGGGUAUGUACGUACGGUCACUGUGCAAUGCAAAUAGUCUGUGUAGCCAUUUGAUUAGCUGUUCAAGAGUCUUAUGGCUUGGGGGUAGAAGCUGUUAAGAAGCCUUUUGGACCUAGACUUGGCGCUCCGGUAACGUUUGCCGUGCGGUAGCAGAGAGAACUGUCCAUGACUAGGGUGGCUGGAGUCUUUGGCAAUUUUUAGGGCCUCCCUCUGGCACCGCCUGGUAUAGAGGUCCUGGAUGGCAGGAAGCUUGGCCCCAGUGAUGUACUGGACCGUACGCAUUACCCUUUGUAGUGCCUUGCGGUCGGAGGCCGAGCAGUAUGCCAUACCAGGCGGUGAUGCACAAAAAUUGCACAAAGGAUGGAGUUGGCGGGGUGAUUGACAGGCAGUAAACAGAGCGACCUCAACCCUAAGCCCUUUUAAUUGGUGUAAUUACAUAGCCAUAACACUGCAACAACAGCAAUGUCAGAACUGAGAGGAGGGAUAACUGGGGUGAGAAGGAGAAAUUGGUUGAUACAGAAUGACCCAAAUAUCUAACGCCAGUGCAGAAGUCAAACUCCAUUAGUCAUGUUGUUCUACUGCUCUGUUCUUGCUGGACUCCACACUGAUGCCUUGCUGAUGUGAAAAGUCCUUUGAAAUUAAAGGUGGUCAACAUAGGUCAGUGAACCAUCCUCAGACCUGUUUUUGAGGGGUCAGUGUCGUCUCUCUACACAGACACGUUGCCUCCCAGAAUUUACCAAUGUUCCAGCAUACACGUUUGUACAAGUACCCGUCGAAGUACCUGUCGAAGUACCUGUAUGAGAACCUUCGUCAGUUGGAAUAGAGAAGAAGAAGUGGAACUCCAUCAGAGCCCUAUCCCUUCAUGUCCUGUCGUAAACAUUCCCGGUAGCUAGCUAGAUGGAGCUCGCGGAGGAUAUUUUCAAUGAGUGCGUUUCGCAAGUUAGUGGUUUGCAUGUGCCAUGACGUUAGCAUUACAAGCUUAAAACCACUGACUGGCAUGAUUCCCAGACCUACUGCUGUUGCCCUAGGUCUGGGAUCUCUGAGACUAGGGUCAGUAAGGCUUGAAGUGGUCAUGCCUUGCCCUCGGUCUAUCUCUGCCCACAUUGGGCAGCCAUUUUCUCCUCAUCAGCCCACUUUCUUUUAAUCAGGCUGCGCCGGUGGCUUGUUUAGUCUGCACAAGUCAUCAAACCUAAAUGAACCCAAACCAAAUAUAACUUCACCAUGGGUCUACCCUCUCCCUUCGUUCCCCUCCAGCAACCCUAACCCUCCUUUACUCAUUUACAUUUAAGUAAUUUAGCAGACGCUCUUAUCCAGAGCGACUUACAGUUAGUGAGUGUAUACAUUUUUCAUACUGGCCCCCUGUGGGAAUCGAACCCACAACCCUGGCGUUGCAAGCACCAUGCUCUACCAACUGAGCUCCAGGAGGGCCCGCUCUUGGAACGUUCUUUCCAAACAUCAGGUAAUCCCUCCGUGGGUUUGUUGGAGAGUUCCUCGCAAUUUUUUCACCACGUUUGGAGGCUAACCCUGGGGGGAAUGGGUGCGUAUGGACAAUUUGAGGUUAUGGAGCUUGCAAUGAGAGACAGGGAGCUCUAGGUGUUGGGGACAUUUAGGUAGUGGGGAGGUAGUGGGGAGCUCUAGGUAGUGGGGAGGUAGGGGGGAUCUCUAGGUAGUGGGGAGGUAGGGGGGAGCUCUAGGUAGUGGGGAGCUCUAGGUAGUGGGAGCUCUAGGUAGUGGGGAGCUCUAGGUAGUGGGAGCUCUAGGUAGUGGGGAGCUCUAGGUAGUGGGGAUCUCUCAGUAGUGGGGAGCUCUAGGUAGUGGGGAGCUCUAGGUAGGGGGGAUCUCUCAGUAGUGGGGAGCUCUAGGUAGUGGGAGCUCUAGGUAGUGGGGAGCUCUAGGUAGUGGGGAUCUCUCAGUAGUGGGGAGCUCUAGGUAGUGGGGAGCUCUAGGUAGGGGGGAUCUCUCAGUAGUGGGGAGCUCUAGGUAGUGGGAGCUCUAGGUAGUGGGGAGCUCUAGGUAGUGGGAGCUCUAGGUAGUGGGAGCUCUAGGUAGUGGGGAGCUCUAGGUAGUGGGGAGCUCUAGGUAGUGGAGAGCUCUCAGUAGGGGGGAGCUCUAGGUGGUGUGCGGCGUUGAGUGUGUAAGCAGGGCCUUGUUAUUUGGACUAACUAACCUGCAAUGUAAAGUUCCCCUAGUUGUAGACGUCUCGGCCGCACGACAUGGCUCCAAGCCUUCAGGUCUGGGGUUCCAUAGUUCUGUGUAGUGUGUUUAGCCUGGUGGUUCAGAGAAAUGCCACAACCACUUCAACCUGACCAGCGUUCACACCAACCAAUGAGAAUGCUGCUCCUUAUUGCUCAGAGAGAGAAGCUGUGAACCGACUGCGAAGGACAAACGCAGUGCGGUGUGUGUUGUAUCAUUUGAUAUGCACUGACGUCAGGCAGUCAGCUAGCCCCCCUACUUAUGAAAUGUCAAUGUAUAUCAAGCUGAUGACAUUGUCAGGACAGCGACAACACAGCGGGCUCAAGUGAUGAGUGAUGAAAUGUUUAGGUCUUGCAUUCAAUGUAAUCUGCAUUUGUUGCUGUAUGUUCGUCUCUCAUUCAUAAUUAAGACAGGUGUUCUCUUAGAUGUAAGCCAAUCAGGGAGAGACAGAAAUAAGCUUUUCAAUCGUGUGGGCUCCCGAGUGGCGCAGCGGUCUAAGGCACUGCAUCUCUGUGCUUGAGGCAUCACUACAGACCCCCUGGUUCGAUUCCAGGCUGUAUCACAACCGGCCGUGAUUGGGAGUCCCAUAGGGCGGCGCACAAUUGGCCCAGCGUCGUCCGGGUUUGGCUGGUGUAGACUGUCAUUGUAAAUAAGAAUUUGUUCUUAACUGACUUGCCUAGUUAAAUAAAGGUAAAAUAGAAAUAAAAAAACUAUGAGAAAACCAUCAAGAAUACCUCAUGGCGCUACUGUGCAGUUUGAAGCCAUUUUUCCCCAGACACAAAUCAGCAGGUAUUGUGUGGCUCAGUUGAUAGAGGAUGGUGGUUGCAACUCCAGGGUUGUGGGUUCGUUUCCCAUGGUGGGCCAGUAUGAAAAUGUAUGCACUCACUACUGUAAGUCGCUCUGGGUAAGAGCAUCUGCUAAAAUGUAAAUGUAUUUUGAAGCCUAGAUUGAUAUGCUGCUGUGCUCUCCUACAAUAUCUCCCCUCCUUUGUCAGUGGAUGAAGUGUAAGUUGGUUACAUUGUCAUCAGAUGGUCAUGAAAAAAUGCGGUUUGAGUGCAAGCCAUCUCUGUCUUGUCCAUUUUUUGCAGAUGGGCUUCAUUCAGGUCAAUGGGGACUUCCUCUACAUCGAGCCUGUCAAUCAAACACUGGCUGUCAUGGGACAGGCUCACCGCGUGUACAGGAGGAAGCGCUCCACCACCGAGGAGAGACAGACAGACAAGCAGACGACGGACAAACAAACAAGGAUCAACUACUGUGGAGUCAUCCCAGGUAGGCCUCCUCCAUCUUGUGCUGCAGACACAUUAUUGAUAAAGAUGUUCAUGAAGUUAUUAACAGUGAUGUUAUUAAAGGGA